AACUUGAACUUCAACCUCAGAGCUCAGAUACAGCAGUGAAAUGGCUUCACCUUCUGAUCCUGAGAAGGACUCGAAUAAGGCCCAAUCGAAAACCGAUAAUCCAUUCAUCAAGUUUCGACAAUUCGCAGACCAACAGAUCAGCUCACUCCUCCAAGGCAUCCUUGGCCUUCCCUCUGCUUUCUCUGGAAAGCCCUCCGAAAACCGUCGAUGGGCAAUCUUUGACGAAGAUCUUCGGCGGCGUGAUGAACUACAAGCACGACAGCAAGAAUUGAGGGAAUCGGAAGCUAGAAGAUUGGGCCGACAGGGAACGGACGCAGAAGAGUACAUAUCCACAAGGACGUCGGCAGACUGGCCAGCUUUCGCACGCUGGCUUGAGAAGGCCACGACAAGUGAUCACGAUAAUGAUGGAAUGCGAGACGUUCCGCUAUACUCUCCAAUCACGAAGUCACUCUUCGCCCACCUGCAUCAACCAGUUGAUGGCGACAGCUCAGAUUGGAAGAAACAAGAUGGUGUUUGUCAUUUUUGGUGGCCAGCAAACCCUUGGCUGCUGAAGCCAUAUGAGCGAUCCUCGAAUCCUUUGAAAACGGCCCAAUACAUGAUACGCAACGAUCUCAACGCUUCGACAAUGUUACGGUCGAAUUAUUCGUUGUUACCUUACUUGAUGUUCUCACCGUACUCCCCCUUUCGCUUGAUUGAAAGCGCGAACUCUCCCCACUAUCAGGAACGAGAUAUGUUUCCUUAUGUUGAUGCGUUCGAAGACUUGAUUCGGAUAACUCAGCCUCGACCAAAGCCUCUCAUACUCUCAAAAGUCUUUGGUAACGGCCUUAGUAUACACUAUCCUGAUUCUGAUGGUGUACAUGAACCCGAUUCCGAGUUGCUUCGGUUCGACCCUGCUACGAGAGCGAAUUGCUACUACAAUCAGAUCUAUCAUUUCCAUCGGUCCCAUCUUCUCCAGGAAAGUGAAGUUUUGCCUCCACCUCAACUACACUCUAUUCCUUUCCCUGUCGCUACAGACGCUCAGACCGAGCAAGAGAUGUAUGAACGUUUUCUGAGGUGGGCCUCGCAACCAACCGAAAAAUUCGAAGCCGUGGUUGCCGAAGCGAAAGCUACGUUCGCGAAAGACCUCGAUUCGGGCAAAUUUCCUGAUAUCUUCCGCGUCUUUGACAAGAUGUUGGAAUCAAAGAGUGUUCAAGAACUGUUCGAAGAAUUCAAUGAUCCAGCAGAUGAUUUUAGGAAGCAGAAACAGGCACAACAGAAAGCUGGGUGCGAGACACUGGGCGAGGACCCAGACAAAGUCAUCUCGCAGAGUACGACCACUCAACGCGUAAAGCAAGUUGAUGGAUCAGUACGGACUUAUGUCCAUGUGUGGAAAAUGUUCGCAGAUGGGCGUGAAACAACUACAACAUCGAGCCAUACCGAGGAACAAGAACGGGAUGAAGACGGCAAUCUGAGGCCCUUAGUAUCGAUGACUGAAGAGUCGAAAGCCCUAUCCGAAAUGGCGAAAGCAGAGGGAGAAGCCAAGGCCAAGAAGGCAUCGAAGAAUGGCUGGUUCUGGAAUUGAGCAAUUUUGUAUGUCAUGGAAUUUGGGACUGGGCGUCGGAUUGGAUGGAAAUGAUUGAUAGGGGGCGUAUUGGGUGGGAUAUGGUAACGUGAAAAUGCUUGCACUCAACUCAAAAUGGCAGCAGUUUUUGUGUUUCGUUAUUACUUUCUUCAUUUGCCUUCUAGUAACAUUCAAUGCUUUUAAACUUUGCUUGGCAUACGCUGGCUUCCAAGUCGAGCCCCCCAAAUAUCCGCAUCUAGAUCUUGCGCUUGCAAGAUCCGAAAAGGGACUUCGAAUCCAUAACCCGACGGAAAUCACGAAAAUCGUUGAAGCUUACCAAGCGAGUCCCUUUUUAAAGACACUGGGGAGAUCUAAAUCGAAGCAGUAGCUUGCUUUACAACUAAAAGACCAUGGGGCAUGUGCCAGACGAAAUGCAAGGCUUUCGUCAGUAUUAAUGAAUCAUAAAUUGAUUUCCUCCUAUUAUACAACCUACCAAUCCAUUGAAGCUUUCCCA